AUGGCGAUGAUGAUGACUGGCCGUGUGCUGCUGGUGUGUGCCCUCUGCGUGCUGUGGUGCGGUGCGGCCGAUGGAGAUGUUGGUGUUGUUUCUGGUGGGGACGACAACAUUCUGAAAGAAUUAUUUAUUCCAGUUGCGAGAUUGCAGUUAAGAAAAGAAGGAGGAGCAGCAGAAGCAGCAGCCGACGCAGAGGCAGCAGCAGAAGAAGCAGAGGCAGCAGCAGAAGCAACAAAAAAAGCAGCAGCAAAAGCAAAAGAAGCAGAGGCAGCAGCAGAAGCGGCAAAGGCAGCAGCAGAGGCAGCAGCAGCAGCAGCAAAGGCAGAAGAAUCAGAAGCAAAAGCAAAAGCAGCAGCAGCAGCAACUGAAUCAGCAAAAGCAGCAGCAAAAGCAAAAGAAGCAGAGGCAGCAGCAGAAGUAGCAAAAGCAGCAGCAAUAAAAGCAAAGACAGCGGCAGAGGCUGCAGCAGCAAAAGCAGAAGAAGUAGAAGCAAAGGCAGCAGCAGAGGCAGCAGCAAAGGCAGCAGCAGAGGCAACCCAAGCGGCAAAGGCAGCAGCAGAGGCAGCAGCAACGGCAACAGAAGCGGCAGAAGCAGCAGAGGAAGCAGCAGAAGCAGCAGCCACAGCAGCAAACGCGGCAACACCUGCAGGAGCAAAAGCAAAAGCAGAAGAAGCAGCAGAAGCAGCAGCAACAUCAACACUAGUAGCAACAUCAGCAGCAAAAGCAGCAGACGAAGCAGCAGAAAAGGCAGCAAAAGCAAAAGCAGCAGCAGAAACAGCCGAAGCAGCAGCAGCAGCAGCAACAUCAACACUAGUAGCAACAUCAGCAGCAAAAGCAGCAGACGAAGCAGCAGAAAAGGCAGCAAAAGCAAAAGCAGCAGCAGAAACAGCCGAAGCAGCAGCAGCAGCAGCAGCAGAGGCAGCAGCAGCAGAAAAAGCAGCAACGGAAGCGGACGCAAAAGCAGCAGCAGAAAAGAAAGCAGAGGCAGCAGCAGAAGCACUGCGAGGUACAGCAGUCGGAGAAAAGGAGGUAAAAACAGCAACACAUGAUCAGGAUAAUUCAGUCGAACACCAUUCUGAAGAAAAACAAGAGAUUCUAAAAGAAGAGGAACGACAAGAAAAAGAACAGCAUGAAAAGCAGCAACACCAACAGCGUGAACAUUCCGCACGAAAUGGUGAAGAAUCCGCGAAACACAAAACUGCUAAUGGUACAAAUGCAACCGCAAUUAAGGACGACACCGACGGCAGCACCGCGGCCUCCCACACCACCUCCCCUCUUUUGCUUCUUCUUGUUGCGUGUGCGGCUGCUGCUGCGGUGGUGGCCGCGUGA